GGAAUUCCGUUUUAUUCCCUUCUUCUUUUUUAUGUGUGUCCUAUUUCAGCUAAUGACGCACUGCGGCAUGCGUUCAAUCUUGGCAAACAAGCUAAACUGCGUCUCAUCAAAGUCGUCGUGAGGAGCGAGGAGCUCACGCCUAAUUACGAGUACGCUGGUACGGGUAACUGGAGAGAUGAUUGGCGAGCCACGCUUCCUGAAUGUGUCGAUGCUUUCGAACCGUGCUUUAUUUUAUUCAGGCUCAAUACUAUAACCGAAUGGAUUCUAAUAACAUUUGCCGAUGAUCGUGCACCUAUCAAAGAAAAAAUGUUACUAGCUGCUACUCGUGCCACAUUUAAGAGUGAAUUUGGACCUUGCUAUGUUGAACAUGAGAAACACGUCACAGAUAGAAAGGAUCUUUCCUUGGAAUCUUUUGAAAACUGGCUGAAGACGAAGGCUGAAUUGGGCCCAAUGAGUGAAGUGGAACGAGAACUUCACAACGCUCACCAAGAACGUGCUGCAGUUGCUCACGCCGGACCACAGCAUAUGAAAGGUGUUGCUUUUCCAUUAGAUCGAAAUGCUGAGGAUGCGGUGCGGAAGCUUGCACAGGGUCGAUUAGCUCUUGUUCAGUUAUCGGUUGACACUUUGAAUGAAGCUAUAAAAUUGGAAGCAACGGAGGAGACAUUGCCAGCAAGCAAACUAGCCAGUAAAAUUCCUCGGGAUAAACCGCGAUAUACGUUCUUCCGG